AGGAUCAGGCGGAAGCAGCGGAGGAAGCCCCUGUGGCCGUGCCGCUCUGUGUGCACGCCGGAAGGGAGCGACGGAGCGCCAGGGCCGGUUCUUCUCGGUUCCCUUCGCCGCCGGCUGCUCGGGUUGCCUGGGAAUUAGCACUGUUGGUGAAUGAGAUUAGUACGAAGACAUUGUAGCAAUAGUUCACUGUGAUCAUGGAGCAAACUCCACAAGAGAUGGAAGAAACUGAGCCAUGGUAUUUUCAGAAAAUGUAUGCAAGAUAUUGGAAGCACUAUGAUUUAGCUAUGCGCUGGAUGCGUAGGCACCAGGAAGCCUACAGGAAAGCCAUGGAGUCCCUUUGUCACGUACCAUGGCCACCUUAUGCAGCUUCUCCAAGUAGCCGCUACUCAGAUUGGGAUGGGGAUGACCCCUCGUGUACCCACAACCAUUUUUUCAACUAUGGCCCACAUGGCAGAGCUCAGCGGCGCAUGGAUGCCCAGCCAAGGAAGGAGCAUGAUGACAGGGAGGAGGAAGAGGAAGACUCUGAAGUGGAGGAAGACUCAGAGUCUGAAGGGGAGUUUGAAUAUGACCUGAGUAACAUGGAAAUCACAGAGGAACUUCGCCAGUUUUUUGCCCAAACAGAGAGGCAUCGGGAAGAACUACGGAGACAGCAGCAGCUGGAAGCUGAGCAGCAAGAAAUGUAUGUGGAAGCUGAUCAAGACCUUUACAGAAACACGAAGCGUUCUGUGGAGCCACCUGCAGAAAGGCCUGGGGAGAGAAGAAUGGCAGAAAUGGAGAAACUGUACGGUGAUGAAGCUGCCAAAAUCCUUGCUAUGGAGACUGCCAUGCAGCUUAUCUUUGAUAGAAAUUGUGACAAAAAACAGCCCAAAUACUGGCCAAUUAUUCCUCUCAAGUUGUGAGUACCUGGACUGUGCUCUGACCUGGCAUAUAGCUGUAGGGACAGUUGCCUCAAGCUGUGCUACUGAAAGAAUAAACUGCUCAUGCUAGUUUUGGAUUGGUUUUAGGGGAGGAUCCAGCAAGGACAGGGUGAUUUUUUUUCUCUCUCUAUUCCUUUUACAUCAUCUGUAGUGAUGGUCAGUUCAUUUACAUACAUACCAUUGCCAAUUAGUAAAGGGGAGAGAUAGCACUGUAACUGUCUGAAGUUUGUUUCACUCAUUUGAUGUCAUCCUGGCUUGACCAUGCAGGUGAGAAAUGUGACAACAUCUAAUGAACUGGAAGAAAUUAACAGCAAUUACAAAGUGAAAAAGGCUAUACAAAUUGUCAGCUCAUUCCAUUUAGGAAACUAAGUCGUCUUAUUCUUUAGUCUUAUUUAAUAUAGCAGCAUUUGGAUCCAGCUUAACGCAACACAGCUUGAAGUGUUGUGUCUCCUAAUCUUUUGAUUUUUUUCUCUUUGAGAGCCAGGAGCCCAGUGGUCAAGACACAACAUAUCAGAUUACUGUAGCCUGGCCAUUGGAAUUCCUUUUUCAAAGGCUCAUAAUAAAGCAGGAAGUUUUUCUUCAAGACUGAUACUUGCCUGGCAGGAGUUCAGCUCUAACAGAAAAUUAGAUAGGAAAAUGUUUUAAUGAAGAAGGUGGGGAGUUUGGGGGAAGAGCUUGAUGCGGUCCUGUCUGUUAGAGAUAUUUCUAGCAAAAGAGAUCCCUAAAAGGACAAAAUGCUUUUUGAGCCAAUGCCAACAAUUAUUUUUGCCAUUCUAAUAGAAACGUCUUAUUGAUUUGAAGCUUGAAGGAAGAUGUAUCAGUCUUUAACUGUGAAGAACUGUUGCUACAUACUGCUGCGUGCUGAAGUUCUGUAGUUUGUUUUAAGCACUAUUACCAUGGCAGAGCAAAGGAUCAGCACGCUGUUUUACUUACGACAAACAUUUGUGUGCCUUUUCUCCACAGCAGAGAAAGUCACAGCUGAAAUUAACUUCUCAUGCCAUUGUGUUUGGUUUUCUCUGCUGCAGUCAGCUGCUCCAAACCAAAUCUGAGGUGCAGUUUGGAGACUUGGUUUUCACUAGUAGUUAACCAUGCUUUUUAAAUCAGUGUUUUGAGUUCAGUUCUGCCUCCUUCACUCUUCAUUAGGUGUGAAGAGAUGGAGUUAAACACUGAAAUUAAAAUCCACCGAUGUUCAAGACUUGUUAGGGAUGUGAUUGAUGAUAUGAAUAAGUCACGCUUGACACAUGAGGGAGGCAUGUUCUGAAUUACAGCCCCACAUUUGUCUUCACUCUUGUUUUUUGUUGGAUUUUGUCAGAAAUCUAGUAUUUUGUAUGGACUUCCUUGUUGACCAAUAAAUGUUCUUAAUGACGUAUUGUAAUUGGUUUAAAAUGAAAACAAACAAAAAUUCUGCACUCCAGUUCUCAGAUCUAAAGCCGUCUCUUUGCUGCUGUAUUGGUUAGAGAGAGUUGCAUUAAAACUAGUCACAGUUUUAACAUAGUAAGAAGCACAAAGAGUGUUGACAGGACUUUCAAAGGAAUGCCAGUCAGUACCAUACCACAGAAUAUGGUACAAAAUGGGCAGGAGAGCCCAAUCCUAUGCACAGUAUUCUCUGUUUCCAUUGUGGUGGUGAUGUCUCCCCUGCACAGUUCACUAAAGAAUGAAAGGAUGCUUAGGACUGGGCAGUUCUUGAUUUCAACCCAGUUCUUACCAUGGAUGUUUCUGGAUCCAACUGGUUCUGCUAGCAGAAGCUGAAAUCCUUAUCUCCUAAAGUAGUUAGGAGAUAAGACCCCAUACAAGACAAACAUUGAAUUCCUUUUUCACUUCAGAUAAAAUAUACAAGACAUUUUUCUGCCUUUGUUUUCUGUAACUGUUUCUAAGAGGUUUCUAAUAUGUGCUGUGAGGUUGGAAGUAAAGAGAUCUGGAUAAAAUGUUUCCUAAGAACUUUGCACUAAGAUUGAGUGAGAGGAAUCCACUGUUGGAGAUGGUGCCAAAUAAUCUCUUCAGUGCCCUCAGAUUUCAGGAGACAGGCAGUUGCUGGUGAGCUCUAUUUUGCCCGUUAUUCAGUAGAACCUGGAGAUUUUGUGUUACAGUUUAUUCCAUCUCCUGUGUCAUUUUAGACUUCUAAGAAGUAUUUCAAAAAAGCAUCGUCAUGGAAGCAAGGUAAUUGCAACUCAAAAAUGCGUAAUGCCUGUACCGCUCUUCUCUCCUGCGUGAAUGUAUGAUGCUGAAAUCCUCAA